ACCCCGAAGAUCUUCUUCGACCCCACCCUCUGAGCUCCAGGACCCUGUAAUUCGAAGACCAGCAGCCCUCUUCUUCUCCUACACAUACGAAGCAGCCAUGUGAGAAGCUUAAAGCCACCAACCAACAGCCUAACGCAAUCGACCAUCCCCUUCAACAUCAUCUCCUUCGUCUCCCUCCUCCCCAGCCCCAGAAAAUCAGUAGCUACCGGACCUCACUGCCUGAAACCCGCCGGAAAAGGAUACCUUCCUUUCCAGUUUCGGUCAUACACAAACACAACUGAAGAAACGACCUUAACCCCAAUCAAAUCCUAGCGGAAAGCGCUCUUGAAUCAUAUCUGAACUCCAGCCAUUAGAAGCAGCGAAACCAGCUGCAAAUAGGUCUCAAAUCGUUCAGUACGAACAGCUUUUUGGUCGUGGUUUGAGUCACUGGAGUUGGGUCCGAUUGCCGUCGAGUUCGACCGAGUUUCCGUUCGUUGGUUUCCGGUCCGGUUCCCUGUUUUGGGGUGGGUUCAAUCUCCGUUACUGGGAUUUUGGGAAUGAAAACGUGGAUCUAGUCCUUUACUGUUGUCGUUCGAGUUCAAUCACUGUUCGAAUUUCACUCGUAGCUGCGUUUCCCAUCUGUUGUAACUGCUGCAAUUUUUCGUUAAUCGAAGGCUUCUUCAUAAGCAAAAAUUACUGUUGUUGUUGCUUUAUCAAUGGUGAUAUCAAAUUCAUGGCCGUUCCUCUUAGCGUUUAUGUGGUUUCUCGUGUUGGAUUUUGAAUACUAGCUUUUCAUUGCUAUAUUCACUCGAGUUUGAUUCUGAGCAAAAUUAUUAAAGAUCUUCCUUCAGCACAGUUUUCUGCCCCAGCAGCACCACAGGUACCUCCGUCAGUGGAGGAAACAUUGAAGAAGAUUCUGGACAACCAGAAGACCAUUAUGGAGACCCUAAUGGCGCAUGGGGAGGGCAUUGAGGAGUUGAGAAAUCAAACGAAGAAGAUGCGGAAGUCUCAGGCAUUGAAGAAGUCUGUGGAGAAGUUGAGAAAAGACAUUUCCAAGAUUACAUCUGCCGGAGAUCUACCAUUGGACCUGCUUAUGGAGCUAGUAACUCUAGCAGUACAGGCAGCACUAGCAGUACCCGAGGCACCAGAGGCAGCAGCCGGCCAGUCUGAGGAGCCAGUUGCGACUGCCCACACCGCUAAGGAGAUGAUCCAGAAGCUCAUCAACCCAGUUGUCCCAAGCCAGGUGAUGAUGAGAUACAACUAGAGAAGACCGAGGGUGCUGCGGAUCCCAUGCAGACUAAGACCACAUAGGGAGUUCUCUUAACUUUCUACCCUUCCCUGUUCUUAUUUUUGUUAAGCAUUGGGGACAAUGCUUAUUUUCAUUCGGGGGGUGGUCUAUGUUGAUUAAUUGACAUUGACAUUUGGCCAGUAAUAACUCUUAUACUAUUUUUCUUUUAUCUUUAUUUUCUCUUUGGUUAUGUAUAUUUAUUCCUCCCUUUCCCUUGA